AUGCCGUCCGAGGAGAAUGAUAAGCAUCAGACUUCCUGCACGGAAAAACAGCAGAAGGGCUAUUCAGACGUCACCGCAUCAAGCGUUGAAACGCCUGAUGUAUUCACCGAACAUAGAGACAUCGCUGAAGGAGCAAAUGAGGUCGAGCAUUGGAAUAAACCUUUGACCAAUGUAGGAAGAUUGGUCUUUGCGUUUAUGUCCUUCAUCAUCGCCGGGAUGAACGAUGGCGCUGUUGGCGCUUUAAUCCCAUAUGUAGGUUGCAUAAUGCUGUUCACCGCGAGUUCCGAAUACAAAAUUGACAUCUUCAGUUAG